GUGCGCACGCGCGGCCCCGCCCCCGUCUCCCCGGCGCUCGGAGCCCGAGUCCGCGGGAAGAUGGCGGCCCCGCUCCUCCCGCUCUCCCAGCAGAUUCCCACUGGAAAUCCAUUAUAUGAAUCUUAUUACAAGCAGGUAGACCCGGCAUACACAGGGCGAGUUGGGGCGAGUGAAGCUGCGCUUUUUCUAAAGAAGUCCGGGCUCUCAGACAUUAUCCUUGGGAAGAUAUGGGACUUGGCUGACCCAGAAGGGUUUCUAUGUUGCACUGAGACUAGUGGCCUGUGCACAGAGCGGCCAUGAAGUUACCUUGAGCAAUCUGAAUUUGAACAUGCCGCCACCUAAAUUCCACGACACCAGCAGCCCUCUGAUGGUCACGCCGCCAUCCGCAGAGGCCCAUUGGGCUGUGAGGGUGGAAGAAAAGGCAAAAUUCGACGGAAUUUUUGAAAGCCUCUUACCCAUCAGUGGUUUGCUCUCUGGAGACAAAGUCAAGCCAGUCCUCAUGAACUCAAAGCUGCCUCUUGAUGUCCUGGGCCGGGUCUGGGACCUCAGUGACAUCGACAAGGAUGGGCACCUGGACAGAGAUGAGUUUGCUGUGGCGAUGCACUUGGUGUACCGCGCUCUCGAGAAGGAGCCUGUGCCCUCCGUCCUGCCCCCAUCCCUCGUCCCACCUUCCAAGAGGAAGAAGACCGUGUUCCCAGGCGCCGUGCCCGUCCUGCCCGCCAGCCCCCCGCCGAAAGACAGCCUCCGCUCCACGCCUUCGCACGGCAGCGUCAGCAGCCUGAACAGCACGGGGAGCUUGUCCCCCAAGCACAGCAUCAAGCAAACACAGCCAACCGUGAGCUGGGUGGUGCCGGUUGCAGAUAAGAUGCGAUUUGAUGAGAUAUUCCUGAAGACCGACCUGGACCUGGAUGGCUAUGUGAGCGGCCAGGAGGUGAAGGAGAUCUUCAUGCACUCGGGCCUCACCCAGAACCUUCUAGCACACAUAUGGGCCCUGGCUGAUACGAGGCAAACAGGGAAGUUAAGUAAAGACCAGUUUGCAUUAGCUAUGUACUUCAUUCAGCAGAAGGUCAGUAAAGGCAUCGACCCCCCUCAAGUCCUGUCACCGGACAUGGUCCCGCCCUCAGAGAGAGGCACUCCCAUCCUGGACGGUUCAAGUUCUCUUGGAUCAGGGGAAUUUACUGGUGUGAAAGAACUUGAUGAUAUCAGUCAAGAGAUCGCCCAGUUACAAAGAGAGAAGUAUUCCCUGGAACAAGACAUUAGAGAAAAGGAAGAGGCAAUCAGACAGAAAAGCAACGAAGUGCAGGAAUUACAAAAUGAUUUAGACCGGGAAACAAGCAGUUUACAAGAGCUAGAAGCUCAGAAACAGGACGCCCAAGACCGCCUUGACGAAAUGGAUCAGCAGAAGGCCAAGCUCCGAGACAUGCUGAGCGACGUGAGGCAGAAGUGCCAGGACGAGACUCAGAUGAUUUCCUCAUUGAAGACCCAAAUCCAGUCUCAGGAAUCCGAUCUCAAGUCCCAGGAAGAUGACCUGAACCGGGCCAAGUCUGAGCUGAACCGAUUGCAGCAGGAAGAAACCCAGCUGGAGCAGAGCAUUCAGGCUGGGAAAGUUCAAUUGGAAACCAUCAUCAAGUCCUUGAAAUCAACGCAAGACGAAAUCAACCAGGCACGAAGCAAGCUUUCCGAGCUGCACGAGAGCCACCAGGAAGCCCACAGGACCCUGGAGCAGUACGACGAGGCGCUCGACGGGGCCCAUGGCGCCAGCCUGACCAACUUAGCCGACCUGAGCGAGGGGGUCUCUCUGACAGAGAGGGGCGGUUUUGGAGCCAUGGACGAUCCUUUCAAAAAUAAAGCCUUGUUAUUUAGCAACAAUGCCCAAGAAUUGCAUCCGGAUCCUUUCCAGGCCGAAGACCCCUUCAAAUCCGACCCAUUUAAAGGAGCUGAUCCCUUCAAAGGUGACCCAUUCCAGAAUGACCCCUUCGCAGAACAACAGACAGCUUCAGCAGAUCCAUUCGGAGGGGAUCCUUUCAAAGAAAGCGACCCAUUCCGUGGCUCUGCGCCUGACGACUUUUUUAAGAAACAGACAAAGAAUGACCCGUUUACCUCAGACCCAUUCACGAAAAACCCUUCCUUACCCUCAAAGCUCGACCCCUUUGAAUCCAGUGAUCCUUUUUCAUCCUCCAGUGUCUCCUCAAAAGGAUCAGGUCCCUUUGGAACCUUAGACCCCUUCGGAAGUGGGUCCUUCAAUAGUGCUGAGGGCUUUGCCGACUUCAGCCAGAUGUCCAAGCCCCCAACUUCUGGUCCUUUCACCUCCUCCUUUGGAGGGGCAGGAUUCUCAGAUGACCCCUUUAAAAGUAAACAGGACACUCCCGCUCUGCCUCCGAAGAAACCUGCUCCUCCACGGCCUAAACCGCCCAGCGGUAAAAGUACACCUGUAAGCCAGCUUGGUUCUGCAGACUUUCCCGAGCCCCCCGAUCCAUUCCAGCCACUCGGGGCUGACAGCAGUGACCCGUUCCAAAAUAAAAAGGGGUUUGGGGACCCGUUUAGUGGAAAAGAUCCAUUUGCUCCCUCCUCUUCAGCUAAACCUUCUAAAGCCUCUUCCUUGGGCUUUGCAGACUUCACCUCUGUAAGUUGAGUUCCCUGUGCGCCACCGCUCCACCCUCCGCUUGCAGCUUCUUUGGGGUUCUUUUUUGUCUCUUUGAAACGGCACACCUGGCUUCUGUCUCCUGGUACCUCUACGCUAUCCCUUGUGUUAUUUAUUCUGUACUGCUGCUUUCUGUAAGAAAAACAGUUUCUCAAUAAAAAAAGAAAAAGAGCUGCA